AUGGCGACCCUCACACGAUUCUUGGUCUUUCUGACUUAUUUCUUUUCGGCCGCUUUUGCCCUGCAAUACCGCGGUGUCGACUGGUCUUCUGCGGCCGUUGAGGAGCAGAAGGGUAUCAAGUAUACCAAUGGCGCUGGCGCAGCUCAGCCUCUGGAGCAGAUCCUCGCUGCGAAUGGCGUCAACUCUGUCCGUCAGCGCGUCUGGGUGAACCCUUCAAAUGGCGAAUACAACCUCGACUACAACAUCAAGCUUGCUAAGCGUGCGAAGGCUGCGGGCAUGAGCGUCUACUUGACGCUGCACUUCAGCGACACCUGGGCUGACCCUGGCCACCAAGCCAUCCCAAGAGGAUGGCCCACUGGUAUCGACGACCUGGCUUGGAGACUUUACAACUAUACCCAAGAAGUAUCGAACGCUUUCCAGGCUGCUGGUGUGCCACCCGCACUUAUCUCCAUUGGCAACGAAAUCACCGCCGGUCUCCUCUUCCCUACCGGAUCUACCAAGUCUUACUACAACAUCGGCCGUCUUCUCAACUCUGCUUCCUACGGUAUCAAGGAUUCUCGUCUGAGCCCCAAACCCAAGAUCAUGAUCCAUCUUGACAAGGGAUGGGACUGGGGUACCCAAGAGUACUUUUACACCCAAGUCCUGAACCAAAAGGGCCUCACCCUCGAUGCCUUUGACGCUAUGGGAGUUUCCUUCUAUCCUUUCUACGGAUCAGGUGCCACUUUCUCUGCUCUCGAGACUUCCCUCACCAACAUGGCCAACCGAUGGGGCAAGCAGAUCUUCGUCAGCGAGCUUGACUGGCCGACUUCGUGCCCUUCUCCUGCACAGCCUUUCCCCAGUGAUAUGAGAAACAUUCCUUUCUCAGCCGAUGGCCAGGCCCAAUUUAUCAAGAAGGUUGCUAGCAUCGUCAGCAAGGUCCGUGGUGGAGCUGGACUGUUUUACUGGGAGCCUGCUUGGAUGAACAACCAGGCUCUUGGAUCGUCUUGCCCUUCGAACACUCUGUUCUCAUGGCCCGGAAAGGCUCUCUCCAGUCUUUCUGUUUUCAAGAGCAUCUAA